UUUAAUGACCAAAAAAAAAAAAAGAGUAGGAGUAAUGAUUUCUUACUUUUAUUAUCACCAAACACUGCGUUAAAUGCUGGCCUCGCCGUCCUCCAUCUCCGGCGAUGAUUCCUCUGACUUCCACUUCAGCAGUACUUAUUCCGACUCCUCCAAAAUCCUCACUUUUACCAACUCUCCAACCUGGCCUCCGCAAAAAGCUAAAUCUGAGAAAUGGAACUAAUUGCAAGUGCAGGGCAGAGUUUGCAAAUAACGACGCUACUAUUGCCGUGGCUAUCGGUGUCUGCGUUCUCAGCUCGUUGGUUUUCCCGAGUCCGACUAAUUACUCGGAGCCGGAUGACGACGACGGUGAGUCCGUGAUUGAUUCUGGUGAUGCGAGGUUUACUGUGAUGGCAAUUAUCAGCUUAAUUCCGUAUUUUAAUUGGUUGAGUUGGGUUUUCGCGUGGUUGGAUACUGGGAAACUGCGUUAUGCUAUUUUUGCUCUUGUGUAUUUGGCUCCAUAUGUAAGAUCCAAUCUCUCUUUAUCUCCUGAAGAUAGCUGGCUACCAAUUGUUAGCAUCCUCUUGUGCAUCUUCCACGUUCAGGCCGAUACAAAUGAUCAAAAAAACUUAUUGCCUCCUCCACCACAGGAGGAGAAGAUAAGCAGGUCCAUAAUUUCCACAAGGCCGCCGCCUGACUUGAAUGAAGAUGGAGAUGAUCAUACUCCUCUUUAAGUACUAUGAUAUGAUAUGGUAUGAUAUUCAAAUUGCAACUAAUUCUAGCAGAUCUUGAUCUAAAUCCUUUUAGUCGAAAUUAAGAGACUCGAGCAUCACUUUUGCUAGUCA